AUGGCUGCGAAUGACAAUGUGGACGACCUUUUCGAUUAUGACGCUGGGCUAGAUGAUAUCCUCCGAGAAGUAGAGCAAGACACAAGGAAGACCACGGAAGUCGGCUCUAGUCAAGACCAGCAAAACCCCAGGAAAGGGAUCCUUGGUAUCGAUGAUGAGCUCCAAGUUUCGAGAAAGCGAGCACCAGUAGCUCAACUUGAUGAAGCAAGGCAAGGGAACCUACUAUUGUCCCAAGAUGGAAUCCCAAAGUUGCGGAAAAUGGCGAGAAAGUCGUUGAAAAUAAAAGGCAAAGGCCAUGAGUUUUCUGAUGCUGGUCGGUUGCUGAAUUUUUACCGGCUAUGGCUGGAUGAGUUGUAUCCCCGUGCCAAAUUCGCUGAUACCCUGACUAUUAUUGAGAAACUGGGCCAUUCUAAACGGAUCCAGGUGAUGCGGAGAGAAUGGAUUGACGAAGGGAAGCCUAGAUCUGAGGUAGAUGAUGAUGGAUUCAAGGAAUUAGGUGAUAUAUCGGUGGAACAGGACCUUCCCACACGGGAAAAAGGAAAUAGACAGCAGGGAACUCCAACAAACCCAGAAGAAGAAGACCUUUUCGUGGAAUCUCAACAACUGGAGCCAAGGUCCUCUACCCAUGGCGCUGUAAAGUCUUUGUUUGGCGGAGAUGGCUGUGGUCAGGCUAGGACGUCGAACACCAUGUCCACAGAUAACGAACUACAUGAGUGGAAUGACAACGCACCAAGUAAUUUGGACCGGAAUGAAGGUAAAGGAUGUGCCGAGGCCAGCGGGGUAGGGGACAGCUUCCCUGACGAGGAGGAUGAUCUUGACCGACUCCUUGCCGGGGAUAACAAUGAGCUCAAUUCCAACAGCAUAGACAAGCCGAGUGCUACGGCAUCUACAUCGAACCCUGAUGAAGACGAUUACGAGAAUGACUGGGAAGCAAUGCAGGAGCAUGAUAUGUAG